AGCGUCAUCACGCAGGACCAUCUCUCACCACUGAGCGGCACUGUCAACUCAGCGUUUUGAAGAGAAAAAAAAGACAAUGUCAGUGGUGAGCGCGCUGCCUUUCAUGAGGGCGCUCCACAUGCCCUCUCCGGGGCCUCGGGGCCGCCGCCAUACGCUACCGGCCAGCGAGUUCCGCUCCCUCAGUCCGGAGGAUGCAAUCAGCGUGUUCGAGAUAGAGAGAGAAGCCUUCAUCUCAGUGUCUGGUGAGUGCCCCCUCCACCUAGACGAGGUGCGUCACUUCCUCACCCUGUGUCCAGAGCUGUCUCUUGGCUGGUUCGAGGAGGGACGUCUGGUGGCUUUUAUCAUUGGCUCUCUGUGGGACCAGGAGAGGCUUACCAUGGAGGCUCUGACUCUCCAUAAGCCUCACGGCCCCACAGUGCACAUUCACGUACUGGCUGUCCACCGGACCUUCCGUCAGCAGGGCAAAGGAUCCAUCCUGAUGUGGCGCUACCUGCAGUACCUCAGGUGCCUGCCCUAUGUCCGCCGUGCCGUGCUCAUGUGCGAGGACUUCCUAGUUCCCUUCUACCAGAAGUCGGGUUUCAAGGUGCAGGGCCCCAGUAAGAUCACGGUGGGGCCCCUCACGUUCAUCGAGAUGUUGUACCCGGUCAGGGGCCAUGCCUUCAUGCGACGUAACAGCGGGUGCUGAGGUCAUAUGUGACGUCUUGUGGAUUCACCUGUGGUUAUCCUCGUGGGAACAGGAUGAGGGGAUGCUUGAGCCAUGUUGUUCGUGAGCGAUGGACACAGUGGUUGUGAUCGUUACUGUGAGAGACUUGUUCAGCACAGUGUGGUGUGUGUUCUCACUGGGAGUCUGCACAGAGCUGAGAACAGAAAGCUGCCGUCCAACUGCUUGGUACAGCUGUCAGGAAAAGUCUUCGGAAAAUACAACAAAACAAAAUCUUUCUUUGCUUUUUAGUCGAUCUAGGACAUAGAAACCAAAUCAUUGCAGCAAGAAUAUAAACCCUGAUUUCAGUUCUCAGCAUGUUUUUACAUGAAAUUAUUUUCUUUGUUAUGAUAAAUGCUGGACAUUUAUCAUCAUAUUCACUAGAACGAGCUGCCUUGUUUUUUUAUUUAACCAGUCUAUAACAUGGUAUUUAUAUAUGAAGUCACAAGGAUCAUUUUUGCUUAAUAAAACUGGUAUAUAUCCAUUGUUAAUGUUUUCAUUAACAUUGUAACAUUAUGCCUUUUAAAGCAUGUAUAGCCAUUAUACAACUACACAGUAACAUGCCAGGGUAACCCAUCCACUGUCAGUAACCAUGGAAACAGAUGGAGGGAUAUCAGCACGAGCUUGAGUAAAGAACUUGAACAGUGGAAGAAUUUAAGUGAAAAGCUUGUAAGGGUUGUACGGCAUGUAAUGUACUUUCAUGUAUUUUAUAGAGCAACAUAAAGCCUGUAAUACAAUGUAAGGAAUAUAACUUAUUUUAGACAUCCUAAAUACUGUAUAUGAAAAUAUAUUAUCUCUCCUUUAUUUUCCU